AUGCUGAGAUUCGUUAGGUCUUGUUUGCAAUUUCUAUUGAAGCUCGUGAAUUCUGUGAUUGGAUUGAUGGGCAUGGGAAUGACCCUCUACUCCUUAUGGAUGUUGAGGGUUUGGUAUAAACAAGUUCACAGCUUUUGGACCUCAGGUCCUGAUUCCACCCUUCCAUGGUUUAUUUACACUUGUCUUGGUUUAGGUGUUUAUUUUUGCAUCAUAAGUUGCGCUGGACAUAUUUCUGCUGAAACUGCUAAUGGCUGUUGCCUUUCUUCGUACAUCGUAUUUGUGCUUUUGUUAGUCAUGAUGGAAGCUGCAAUUUCUGCAGAUGUGCUCUUGAACAAGGUCUGGGAAAAGGAUUUCCCAGAAGAUCCCACAGGAAGAUUUGAUGAGUUAAAGAAGUUUGUGAUAUCUAAUUAUGAAUUGUGCAAAUGGAUUGCUUUAGUGGUUGUGUCUGCACAGGCGUUAUCUAUUUUCCUGGCCAUACUUCUGAAAUCUGUUGGUCCAUAUCGUGGAAAUUACUAUGACAGUGAUGAUGACUAUAUUCCCGCUAGGCUUCCUCUCCUAAGAAACCAGGUAAAACAUUCACCAUAUAUCUGCGCAGCUCAUCCAUCUCUGAAGAAUGAUUAUUGGAAUGUGAGGCUUCCGAAGUCCUAACAACUGUGAUUCAUUUCAUCUUAUUUUUCAUUUUUGGGACAUUUAUAGACUAAUUAAGACAAAUUAACAUACACAUCAUAUACACAAAACUCGAACCUAAAACCUCUUGGUUCGUAGACAAAACUUUCAACCAACAGAUUAAGGCUUUAUUUGGGACGGCUUUCUUAUUGUUUUCUAAAGCAGCUUUCUAGUACAAAAAUUUUAUUUUUUUGAAUUAGAAAGCAACUUUAAGAAGCAAUAAGAAGACCGUUUCAAGGCUUCGUUUAGGAUGGUUUUAGAUCACUGUUUUUUCUCUGCUUUCAAAGAAUUUUUUAUACUAAAAAAUAACUUUACAAAGCAGUAAGAAAGUCGUCCCAAAUGAAGCCUAACAUGAGCUGCAUAUUUUAUACAUUCCAUUUACUAGUUUAGGUUGUCAAAAUGAAGGGGAUCUCUUGUUCAUGUGAACUUGUUGAAUAUGGAUUCUUUUGUUAUUUUGAUUUAAAAUGGUGCUUUGAAAUCU